AUGGAUGACCUCAAAUUGGACGAUGAUGAUUCGGACGAUGAGGAGGAGUUCUUCAAGGGCGAAAAUGACUCUGGUGCCACCGACGAGGGCUACACCAGCUCUAGACAGCGUAAUGGGAAGAUAGAUGAAGGUAGCAGCGAGUCAGCCGAUGGAGGUGACGAUGACGAUGACACAGUCACCUUGGCUCCGGACGAUGACUCUGAUGAGAUCGGCGCUGACGAAGAGAAUGAGGAUAAUGAAGAUGGCGAGGAGGACGCAGAAGAGGAAGAAGGGGAAGAGGACGAGAUGGUGCGACUUGGCCUACGACCCAAGUACAUCAAGUGUCCCGAGGACGAUGAGUUUGUGGCGGAGCUGGAACGAAUGACCGCAGAAGCAAUAAUGCCCGGCGCUGGGGUACCUGCCGGCCCCACGGCCACCGUCACCUCUACCGCUAUCUCUGGCACUGCCUCCCUAUUACCCUCAUUAGAAAGCCUUGGAGUGGGUGCCGCUGCUGCCCGUAAGGCCGCUGCUCGCUCUGCUGCUGCGCAGACCCAAUCUACUGCGGAGAACAUAAUCGCGGCGUUGGAGUCCACAACCCCCCGCAUCGCUACUAGCCCUCUCAAUGGUGAUCUUACGGGCAACAUGGUAAUGUGGUCUGAGUUCAAAGAUUAUUUGUUUAACUUGAUGCUAAUGCCUCGGAUUUUUGCGCCUUAUAUUCGAACCAUUUCGUGGACGCCUUUAGGGUGGUUUUGCAUAGACGUUAAUAUCUUGCGAUCGACUUUUUUGAAAGGUGCACUUGUUUUCUGGUAA